AUGAGUCGUGAAUCAUCUCCCCAUUAUCAAAUGGCUGCUCAUUAUGACAUUUUGGCCUGGUUAGAUACAAUACCAUUGUCACGUCCUGUACGUGGUCUAGACAUAGAUUUUGCCGAUGGUGUUUUGAUUGCAGAAAUAAUUGGUUAUUUUUUUCCUGAAUACGUUGAUAUUGACAUCUUUAUUCCGGCUAGAAAUAUGAUACAACGUACAAAAAAUUGGCGUCUAUUAAAUACCGAUGUAUUACCAAAAUUAUCGUUACACGCUCCUGGCACUGUCGUACAUGAUAUAACAAAUGGUGACAGAAGAGCCAUUGAAUUAUUCAUAUUACAUUUAAGAGAAAAAAUUGAAGAACACUUGAUACGUACAGGUAGAAAAUCGCGAUUGCACUGGGAAACAUGGCGUUCCUAUAAUACUGAACGACGUGCAUUGCCAAUGAUUGUCCCACGUACUCCUCGCUAUUUUCCUAGUCUAGGACGUUUACAUCCACGUGAAUAUGGAGGACCUGGUGCCAUGUACGGUGAUUACGAUGAACUGCGUAUUGCAUUACGAACAAAAGAUGAUGAAUUAGAUGUACUAAGAGGAAAAUUAAAACGUUGUGAAAAAAUAAUACGCACAAAAGAUCAUCGUAUACAAGAAUUAGAAGAAAAAUUAGAAAAAUUUAAACCAAAACGACCCGAUAAUCAGUAA